CACUCUUGGGGGUGCAGUGACAAAGCAAUGUCUGCUGUACGGAGUAUGCCUGCUAAGUCUAUUCUCGCAUAGCUGCUUAUCGCCGUCAGCGCUCGGAACACUGACCUCAUUUUCACUCCUUGGGCGGGCUGCGAGUCAAGGCCGAGCGGGGAGUUGGAAAAGGUGACAUCCUGUCACCCGCUAUUCCCUUUUUUUUCUUUCUUUUUUCUUCGUUUUCUUCCUUCAGAGAGCUUUUAUGGACGACGAUUAUACAACAAAAUUAGUCUUUUCUGAAUACUAGCAACAAAUAAUAAUAUCAUUUCAAUUGAAAUCAGCAUUAACCCCAAAUCUCCCGUUUCUCUCUCCCUUUUAUUUUAUUUCCUUUUUUUUCCCUUUCUUUCUUAUUUCCUUUCCUUUCUGUCUCCCUUAAUUCGACCUCCAUUGGAUCGGAUGUAUCAAGUUUGAUCCGGAACACAUCCCAAAAAUUUCUGAGAGGCCAAUGGAAUCUUGCCUGUUGCAACCAUGGAUACCACGUACAUAUCGUUCCCAAAACUCGACUAUGUGGAAGAAUCGGUUGAUGGAUCAGUCAGAAUCGACUGGAACUGCGGCAUUUCGAAGCUCAGCCUGGACCUCGUGGCCUGCUCUUGGGCUGCAGUUCUUGCAGCCCUGACUGGAGAAGAGAUCCCCGCCUUCAGCCUUAAUGGAGACCCAGUAAAAGUUGAUCUGGAAAAGAAUAUCGUCCUGAAAGCAGAGGUGGACGAUCUUCGCAAACAUGGUCAUACCGGAGUAUUCACGCUUGAUUCUCCUGAACCCGCUGACGGGUGCCUUGUUGAGGUGAGAUGUUAUUUGGAGCAGGGGACUGGGCAUAUCAUUGCCUCAAACUGCACUACUCGUGCCUAUCUUUCGCAGAUCGGAACGCAGUUUGAGAACCACAUUCGUGCAGCCCUCCAGGUGCCCACCAACACGGAGGGCUUGCGAUUGUCUAUCCUUAAUGAACAUCCUCAAUUGAUACCGGGUCCAUUGUUUUUGCAUGAUCUGGUCCAGAAUGCCGGUCGGGGUUUGGAUCUGGCCUUGGAGUUUCUCGACAAGGAUAGGAAACGGCAUUUCCUUACUUACGACCAACUACACCUUCGCUCGAAGCAGUUGGCUUUGCGUCUCUCUGAAGCAUUGCGAUCCAGGCCCGCCUCAGCUCCGAUUGUCCCAGUCUUGAUUCCUCAAUCGCCAGACCUAUACGUUUCUUGGCUUGGUAUCCUCAGAUCUGGGGCGGCUGUUUGCCCUCUCAACAUUGACGCCCCUUCAGAGCGUGUUAAUUUCAUCGUUAACGACGUUGCUGCGGAUGUCGUCGUUACCGUGAAAAGCUUGGCCGGCAGGUUCGACCAGGUUGAUAGACCUCUGAUCAUCAUUUUGGCCGACGAUGAUGCGAACGAUAUCAUCCUCCCAGCGACGCUAGAAAAUAUCAAAAUAUACCCCGAAAGCCUUGCAUACGUAAUGUAUACCUCAGGUUCUACUGGAUUACCAAAGGGAGUUGGCCUCUCACACCUUGCUGCAACACAAGCCAUACUUGCCCACGAUGACCAUAUACCAUAUUUCAGGAGGUUCCUACAGUUUGCGGCCCCAACCUUUGAUGUUUCCGUAUUUGAGAUCUUCUUCCCGUUAUUUAGAGGCUCAACUUUGGUCGCCUGUGAGCGAAGCCUCAUGUUAAAUGACCUGGUCGGUGUAAUGAACCACUUAGAAGUCGAUGGUGCCGAGCUUACUCCUACGGUUGCUGGAGAAUUACUUCGCCAAAAGAGUGCUGUGCCCUCUCUUAAAGUUUUGCUUACUAUCGGUGAAAUGUUGACAAGGCGGGUUGUCGAUGAAUUCGGCUUUUCAGGUCCCAAUGAUGGCGUCCUUUACGCCAUGUAUGGACCCACAGAAGCUACAAUUCACUGUACGAUUGCUCCCAAACUUCCGGUCGGCUCCCGCGUAGGAAAUAUUGGAAUCCCGUUCACUUCGGUUUCUGCCUUUAUCAUCCCGAUCCAAGCCUCUGUGGAUGGAGAACCAGAUGUUCUCCCUGUGGGCUGUAUUGGAGAACUUGCCGUCGGAGGGCCCCAACUUGCGAACGGGUAUCUUAACCGCCCGGAGGAAAACCGCAAAGCGUUUAUCGAUAGCCAGGUUUACGGGCGCCUUUAUCGAACCGGUGAUAAAGCUCGUCUUCACCCCAAUGGCGAACUGGAAUGCCUUGGCAGGAUUUCUUCCGGGCAAGUGAAGCUCAGGGGUCAGCGUAUGGAACUGGGCGAGGUUGAGAGUACAAUAUAUAAGUCACCUGGCGUUCGAAGUGCUGCCGCGUGUGUUGCCGAUGGGAUCCUUGUUGCCUUCGUGUCCCGAGACACGAGCCUAGAUCCCGCGGCCGUACGACAAGUGUGCGAGAAGUGGCUUCCCAAGUUCAUGGUUCCAACCGAGAUUAUUUGCAUGGAUGAAUUGCCACGGCUCCCAUCCGGGAAGAUUGACAGGAAAGCCCUCGAAAGCAACUACACCAGCUCAAAGGAGUCCGAUGUCCCCGCUGCCUCUUCUUUCGCCUCUGAGGUUGAAGAGAACAUUGGUACCUGUGUUGAACAUAUUCUACAUGCUCCAAUCGGUCGUUCUGGAAGCUUGGCGGCCCUAGGGCUCGAUUCCCUUAAGGCCAUUAGAUUGGCCUCGGAGUUGCGGGCCAUAAGCGUAAAUCUUGAUGUCACGAGCAUCCUAGAGGCUGACUCAGUCCAAGGAAUAGCAUUGGCAAUGGAAAGAAGCCUCGUUAAAGGAGCCUCUGACUUUACGCCGAAUCUUACUUCAAGUUCAUGGGACCCUGUGGUCGAUAUCACCCACAAGACACUCUCGUCGCUGGGACACUCUUCGACGCCCCAAGAUGUGCUCCCAUGUAGUCCGAUGCAAGUAUCCAUGAUCGCGGAAUCUAUGCAAAGUAAGAGGGCUUAUUCAAACUGGAUUGAAGUGGAAUUUGGGAAUGGCAUAUCACCAAUCGGAAUACGCAGUGCCUUCCGUCUGGUUGCUGACCGAAACGAGAUUUUGCGAUCAGGCUUUGUUGAAGUGAACAUGCCCGGACACCCAUAUGCACAGGUUGUCUGGGAAAGCCUUGAUGACUCUGUCUUCGUUGAAUGCGACACAUUCCAUUAUGACAUGGUGUUCCAAACUCCACAGCAUAUGCUCCACCCUUUUCAAAUUCAACUCAAGAGUCUUUCUGGCGAUGUUAGAGCUCUUGUUCAUAUCCAUCAUGCACUUUACGAUGGAUGGUCAUGGGAACAUGUUAUGAACGACCUCGGGACGUCACUAGAAAAGAAGUUAUGCAAGCAGCGCCCACAAUAUCGGACUUUUGUCGAUCAUAUCUCUAGCUUUCUCAGCUCCCGAAAUAGAUUAGAUUCUAUCGAUUACUGGCGUGAUCUGCUUCAGGGAAUCUCCCCUUCACCGUGGCCGAACUUUCAGGAUCACAACGACAUCCCUCACGGACUAGGUGUGACACAGCGCACAUUUAGCAUCGACAUCAACGAUCUUGACGCUGCUACUAGGAAUCUUCGCAUCAGUCGUCAAACCUUUUUUCAAGGGGCAUUAGGCUAUCUCCUUGGAGAGUACAAUGGAACCUCAGAUGUUAUUUUUGGUUCUGUGUCUUCGGGUCGGACGAUUCCUGUACAAGGUAUCGAGGAUGUGAUUGGACCGUGCAUCAACACUCUUCCGGUCCGCUUCAACUUUGGCAACCUGCGAAACGUGCAGGAUUUACUUGCGACUAUUCACAACCUUAACAGAAAAUCUCUUACCCACGGAUUGCUACCUCUCCGUGAUAUCAAGGCCGUGUCGGGAGUUGAACCGAGCCUGUCGCUCUUUGACACUCUGUUUGUGUGGCAAGACACACUCAACGGACAUCAAGAAUCUUCCACAAUUGUCAAACAAGUAGCGUCGGCAGACUUCCUAGAGUUUUGUCUCACCUUGGAAGUUGAAAUAAAGAACGAUGUACUCUGCGCAAAAGCCACUUUCCAAGAGUCCACGCUGUCAACUGCGCAGGUUGAUAUAUUCCUCCGCCAACUUGAGGAAUUAGCUUCAAUUUUCAUACAUAAACCGGAUCUGAGCCUUAAACAUGUUAACGAUGAACUACCGAUUUCAGUUCUAUCGGCAGAAAAUGUUCGCUUCACAUCCUGCCCUGGCUCUCAAAGCCUUUCAGAUGGGGUAAAAGAAGUGGCGGCUCUGGAUCCUGAAAGAACCGCAGUUGAGUUCUUGGAGACGUUCGACCCGGAUCUUGGUGCCGUGAGCAUCCAGAAAUUGACCUACGCCGAAUUGAAUACUCGCUCUGGUCGGCUCGCAAAACAACUUCGCUCCUUUGGGAUAGGGUCCGGAUCACUAGUUUCAAUUGUUUUAGAAAAGUCACUUGGGCUAUAUGUCUCUAUCCUAGCUGUUGUCGACGCAGGUGCUGGUUACGUACCCAUCACCCCUCAAACUCCCACGCAGAGGGCUCUUUCUAUCAUUUCUGAAGCCAGUUGUCGCGUAUGUAUUACGAGUCCUAAUCUUCUAGCUUCAUUGGAAUUACCGCACGACAUUAUGGUCCUUGAUUCGGACGGCAACUUGUUACGGAAAAGUGAGAACAGUGGAAUCUCUCAGAAAGAACAGGGAAUGCAUGUGGCAUAUGCCAUCUUUACUUCAGGGAGCACGGGUGUACCUAAAGGAGUGCUGGUUUCACACGAGAAUAUGCGAGAAAAUAUCGCUGUUUUAUCCGAGAUCUAUCCGACACCGCCUGGAUCGAAAAUGCUUCAGGCCUGCUCCCCAGCUUUUGAUGUUUCCGUGUUUGAAAUUUUUUUCACCUGGGCUAUGGGAAUGACACUUUGUUCGGCAACCAACGAUAUUAUUUUCAGAGAUAUUGAGGGGGCUAUCCGCACUCUUGAAGUAACGCACCUCAGUCUUACGCCGUCCGUCGCUGCGCUUGUGCGCUCCCGGAAUGUGCCCAAGGUACAAUUUCUGGUUACCGCGGGCGAGGCACUGACACCUGAAGUGGCGAAAGAAUGGGCUGAUGUUGGAGUUUAUCAAGGCUACGGUCCCUGCGAAACGACAAAUAUAUGCACUGUGAAACCACGUGUGCGCACCACUGAUCUCCUAAGUAACAUAGGGAAGCCUUUUAAAAACACCUCUGCCUUUGUCCUUUCCCAGGGGAACACCUUCUCUCCAGUCCCACGAGGCGCAGUUGGCGAGCUGUGUUUCGGUGGAAAGCAAGUUGCUUUGGGUUAUUUGAAUAUGCCAGACGUCACCCGCGAAAAGUUUGUUGAACAUCCAGAGUAUGGAAAAGUAUACCGUUCCGGAGAUUACGGCCGCAUGCUUCCUGACGGUUCGCUUGCAUUUGUAGGCCGUCGAGAUGAUUUGGUUAAGCUCAGAGGUCAGCGAAUUGAACUUGGAGAAGUUAACAGUGCGAUCCUUCAGAGCCGAGUCGUGAAGAGCUGCACAACUCUGAUAUGCGGAGACAAACCCAGCGGCAGUCAGUUACUGGUCUCCUUCUGGGUACCUGUGGCAGAUUCUUCCCCCUAUAUAAAGGUAGACCCAAAGCGUUCCUCGAUCUUAACGAAAGAAUUAUACGAUACGAUCUCCAAAAUCCUUCCGAUGUAUAUGAUUCCGUCUUUCAUUUUACCUAUCGAGACAAUACCCGUGACGGUGAACGGAAAAGUUGAUAAGAGGCUGCUCGCUGACAUGUAUUCUAACGCUGCCCCCGACUAUUUGGAUCUCUUCUCCAAUAACGCUGAGAUCUCCGACAAUUUUGAAGAGCUUUCGGAGACGGAGUCAAAAAUUGUGCAACUUGUCGCUGCUGUUACCAACACCCCAGCGACUGACAUUGGCCGUCAUUCUUCAUUCUAUCGCCUAGGCAUGGAUUCUAUCCUAGCAGUAUCAUUAUCGAGACAACUAAAACUAUCAGGAUUCGGGCAGGUGGACGUUUCAGUCAUUAUGAAGAACGACACGGUUUCCCGACUUGCUGCUGCCAUAGAUCGUGUUUCUGACACCGCUACCACGAAACAGGAAAUUUUACCGAAUUUCAAAGUGCUGUUCUCUCCUGGAUUUAUUGAGAAGGCUAGACACGACGUGGACAUGGCUCAAAAGAAAAUACGAAAGAUAUUGCCAUGCACGCCUUUGCAAGAAGCUAUGUUAUCGCAGAUGGUAUCUAGCGAUCAAAAAUCUUAUUUCAAUCAUCUCAUCUUUGAAGUGCGGAAGGAUAUGUCUAGAUUGAAGUUCGCAUGGGAAGCAAUGGUUGCAAGACACGAUAUUUUGCGAACCUGGUUUCAGUCUACAAAUGAUGCGCAGCAUGCUUUUGCACAAAUUGUGUUGGAUACCGUAGACCUCCCUUGGAGUUUUAUGGAGUGUUCCAGUGCGAAUGUGGAGUCCAUUAUCGAACGUCGAAAGGUUUCCAUUCUAUCUGCCAGCGGAGUGGCAGUACCAUAUGCUUUUAUAGAGCUUCACAACAUUACCACUGGGAAAUCCCAGCUGCACCUGUUAAUUCACCAUGCGCUAUAUGAUGGAGAGGCAAUGGGGCAGCUGCUUCAAGAGGUUGAGCAAGUUGUUCUCGAUAUGGCCUUGCCACCUGUUGUGCCUUUCGACCAUUACAUCGAGCAUAUGAUCAAGACAGAUGUUGAAGCCGCGACUCAAUUUUGGAACAGCCACUUGACUGGGUUCUCUCCGACGUACCUUGUUUCUCCGGUUCCCAAUGCAUCCGCCACGAAACAUAAAGAGUUCCAUAGUGUUAGCAUUGAUUUGGAUAUACCACUUACCCAAGUGGCCGAGUCGUGCAAGAAUGCCUCUAUCACCCUCCUGAGUCUUUUACAGGCUGCCUGGGCGAAGCUGUUAUUUUUCUACUCCGAGACCUCGGAUAUUUGCUUCGGUGACGUUGCCAGCUGCAGAACCCUACCGGUAAAUGGCGCAGAGCGUAUUGUUGGCCCGUGCUUUAACACCCUUCCCCUACGGGUCAAGUUGGAUAGCAAUACAGUCAAUAGUGAUCUUAUGCUACAGUUGCGAAAAUUUAAAGCGGACGUGCUUCCGUACCAACUUACGUCGUUACGUCGAUUACAAUCUCAAUUCAGUCCAAGCGGCUCACGGCUAUUCGACACUUUACUCCUCCUUCAGAAGGAACCCCAGCGGUUAAACGAAGAAAUAUGGACCUUGGUUGAUGAGCACGGAGAUAUGGACUUUCCAUUCAUUUGUGAAAUCGUGCCGAACCCUGAGAAGGAUGUUCUUCAGGUGUGUCUGUAUUGUGACGGAUCGAAGACCUCGUUAGACUCUGUUCGUCAAAUGCUUGGUGGAUAUGUUGAGUCGAUCCAUCACACUCUCCAAUAUCCAUCUGCGAGGGCCACCGAUACUAGCGUUGUGAAAAGUGGUAUUCCUCCCUUUAUCAAUAUUUCAAGACCUAUUGUCGAGAAAGAAACUAUGAAUGAUGAUUUGAGGGAAUGGUCAAACAAAGCAUUGGAGAUUAGGGAGCUAGUAUCAGAAUUGGCAAAAGUUGAACGGAAGCAUAUAAAAUUGAACACGACAAUUUAUAAAUUGGGUCUUGAUAGUAUUAAUGCAAUUCAAAUUGCGGCCAACCUACGGGCCAAGGGCUAUGAAAUUUCGGCUGGUGAUAUCCUAGAGGCUCCUACAAUUUCUCAGAUUGCCUCUCGGCUAGAAAAGUCAACAAUAAACGGCGAAUGCAGUAUCAUGGAAGCAUUUGAUUUUAACCCAUUCCAAGCUCGACACUGGGUUUCUGUUUGUACAGAAAUCGGUCAACUUGAGGCGAAACUUCAAUCGGUGCGUCCAUGCACAACAGUCCAAACGGGUAUGUUGGCGUUAUUCGUUAAUUCAGGAGGCAAUCUUUAUUUCAACCACAUGUGUCUUCAAUCAACACGUCCGCUAGAUAUCGACGCCCUAAAAAGUGCAUGGGAAGCCGCAGUCGAUAGGAACGAGAUGCUUCGGACCGGAUUUUGUCAAGUCAAGGAUGAAGUAUCCCCAUUUGCAAUGAUAACAUAUAAACCUGGUACUUUAGACCUCCCAUGGCACGACUAUGUGUCUGAGAAUGGACAGCUGUUGCACCACGAAGAACCCACUGGCAUCGACAUAUUGAAUCGGCUUCAUUACCCAGCCUGGUUCUUGACAGUACAGUCACUUCCGACCUAUACAACUAUUCGGUUCUCUGCGCUUCAUGCCCUUUAUGAUGCUCAUUCUUUGAAUCUCAUUUUAUCAGAAGUUGCUCGCCAGUAUAACGGUGGAAUUCUCUUCGACCCGAUCCCCAUAUCCCCAGUUCUAGGAUCAAUCUUAACCAAGGGUGCUGAGAAAGAUGAAAUCACGGAGAAAAUAUGGGAAGAACUCUGCAAAGGUUGGCCUGUUACAAAAUUUCCUGACCUGAAUCCUAUCCGGACGGAUAGACGAGAAAUGUGCACCGUCUCUAAGACUUCUUCGGAGUCAUUAUCAACCAUAUACACUGGUUGCACCAAGGCUGAAGUCACCUUGCAAGCCGCUGGGCAAGCAGCAUGGGCUCGUUUAUUAGCUUCCUACGUCGGCGAAAUUGACAUAGGUUACGGCGUUGUUCUUUCGGGCCGGGACAUGUCCGCCGCGGCUCAAGAUGUUGUUUUUCCCUGUCUAACUACUGUCCCAUCCCGCUACAGGGUGGAGGGAAGUAACACGGAGCUUGUCCAGGCAGUGAUGAAGUUAAAUGCACAUCUUAUCAAAGGGCAGCAUGUUCCUUUAUCCAAGCUUCAACGCAUGACCGGUUCAGACACUGCAUUGUUUGACACCCUCUUCGUGCACCAGAAAUUUGUGUCAUCCACAAAUGAUGAGCAAUUUUGGACUGUUACCAAAGAGAUAGCUACAACAGAUUAUCCAGUCUCGAUUGAACUUAUACCCAAAGGGGAUCAACUCGAAUUUUGUGUUACAUUCAGAAAUGAUAUAUUACCAGUUGAUCAAGCGCAUAUAUUGAUCGAUCAGCUUGAAUGGCUUCUCUUCGAUACUAUAUUUUCUCCGGAAUCCAAUUGCGCGCACUUUAUGGGGGCUGAUCGAAGAAUAACCUGCGUCCUGCCUAGAAAGGAUGCCUAUAUCGAGGCUCCAGUUGAUCUUUUGCAUCAGUUUGUUGAGGUCAACGCUAGUAAAUGCCCCUCGAAAAUAGCUCUUGAAUUUGCCUCUAGGUCUUCCGAAGUGGAGGGUAAACUGAUAGUCAGGAGUUGGACAUACAAAGAAUUCAACGACCAAGGAAAUAAAUAUGCCAACCUCCUUUUGCAGCUAGGGGCGUCCAAAUCAAAAUUAAUCGGAAUUUGUUUUGACAAGUGCCCUGAAGCAUAUUUUGCAAUCCUCGCUAUUUUGAAGGUAGGAUCUGCUUAUGUGGCAUUGGAUCCUGGGGCCCCUAUUGCGCGGAAAAAGUUUAUCAUGGAAGAUUCGGGCUCUAAUUUUCUCCUAUGCACAUCUGAUAAGAAGGAAGAAUUAAUGGGAAUAGACGGCGUCAAAGUUCUAGCACUAGAUGAAGCAGGACUUUUGAAUGGUCUCUCAAGCAGCUCUCCGAUUCUUGAACACUCAAUCAGUGGCGACGAUACUUGCUAUUGUUUGUAUACUUCAGGGAGCACGGGGACACCAAAGGGUUGCGAGAUAACACACAGCAACGCAAUACAAGCAAUGCUCUCGUUCCAAAGAUUAUUUGCAGGACACUGGGAUGAUUCGUCCCGCUGGCUCCAAUUUGCAUCGUUCCACUUCGAUGUCAGUGUCUUAGAGCAAUAUUGGAGCUGGAGCGUCGGUAUCUGCGUCACUUCUUGUCCCAGGGAUAUCCUAUUCGAGGACUUAGCUGGGGUUAUUAGACAGCUGGAGAUAACGCAUAUCGAUCUAACGCCGAGCUUGGCCCGUUUACUCCAGCCUGACGAAGUGCCGUCGCUUUGCCGUGGCGUCUUUAUCACCGGCGGUGAGGCACUAAAACAAGAGAUCUUAGAUACGUGGGGAGAAAAGCAAGUGAUAUAUAACGGGUACGGGCCCACGGAGGUUACUAUCGGGUGUACCAUGCUUCCAAGAGUAACGCAAUGGGACAAACCGUCCAACAUUGGACCUCAAUUUGAUAAUGUGGGCUCUUUCGUCUUCAAACCGGGUACUAAUAUACCGGUGCUAAGAGGGGGCAUUGGUGAGCUGUGUGUGUCUGGCCCUCUCGUAGGUCGAGGCUAUUUAAAUAGGCCUGAAUUAACUGAGGAGAGAUUCCAAUAUCUUGACGAGUGGGGUGAAAGGGUAUACCGUACCGGCGACCUUGUACGGAUGCUUCAUGACGAAAGUUUCUGCUUCCUUGGUCGUAUGGAUGAUCAAGUCAAACUGCGUGGUCAACGGCUUGAGAUCGACGAAAUCAACCACGUUAUCAAGUCAGCUUCAGCGGAAAUAGGAGAGGUGGUGACAAUGGUGUUAAAGCAUCUGUUUGCGGGUAAAGAGCAGCUUGUUUCUUUCAUCACUCGAGGAGAACCUUCUGAAAAGGAGGCAAUUCUUGGUUUUGACACGGGAGACCAUGUCCACGAGACCCUGAAUGACAUCCGAAGAUGCUGCAGCCUCCAACUUCCAGGAUAUAUGGUCCCAACGCAUGUUAUUCCACUUACCCGAUUCCCUUUGUCUCCAAAUAAUAAGAUUGAAAAUAAAAAGUUGAAGGAAAUUUACGCGAACCUGACUCUGGAGCAAAUGCAGAAGCUUUCACCACAAAAUGAGGAAAAUACCACGAAUGCAUCAAGAGAGACGAAAAAGAUUAUAUCGAUUGUCUCCCGGUUGGCCGGCUGUGACGAAACGAUUAUCUCACCGUGGUCCAAUAUAUUCCAGCUCGGACUGGAUUCUAUCUCUGUCAUAUCUUUGGCUCGGUCCCUCAAAGAAGCAGGUUUCAGCACUGCUCAGUCGGCUCUCAUUAUGAAAAACCCCGUAAUCUCUGCUCUUUCAGAAAUAUUGCGCUCGUCCAACCGUAGUGAAAGUUCCGAUGGCCGGCUAUACCAGAAUGCUAAACAAGCAAUUGCCGCUUUUGCACACAAGCAUCUUGCAUCACUUGCUACUGAGCUCUGUGUCUCUAUCAAUGCUAUUGAAGCUCUGAUGGCCGCUUGGCGAAAGGUUCAGGAGACUGUCCAAAUUCUACGCACAAAAUUUCCCGUCACAGCAGAUGGUUAUGCACAAGUGGUGUUAAGAGAAGAUAAAUUUCCCUGGUUCGAAUUUGAGACCACGGACUCUUCCGAGGUUUCUAAUAUUUCGCGGGAUAGGUACAUGAAGUGGAGAUCCACUCUUCAUCAUUUUAAUGACAGGCUCUGGGAAAUUGGGGUUGUAUCUGGGCCAUCCAGUAGAGUAAUGUGCUUGAACAUCUUCCACGGCCUAUACGACGGGAACAGCCUUCCACUUCUUCUUGAAAGGGUUGCAGAAGCAUACUUCAAUGUCGCGCACACAGAAACGCCGUCUUAUAUUGAUGUGUUGCCGCUCGGUCCAUUUUGCAGGCAACCCGAUGCGCAAUCCUUCUGGACCCGACAUUUGCGAGAUGCUUCAGCACGAACGAUACCUUCCAACCCAAAUAGUUCUGAAAGUGAAGUACAUAUCCUGGCUAUUGAGAUACCCGCAAUGAAGCGACUCGAAGAGGUAAGACGAAGGUUGAAUGUUACGGAACAAGCAGUAGUCCAUGGUUGCUGGCUGUACGUCUUUGAAAAGCACUUUGGCUUCGUUCCGACUCUUGGAAUUGUGAGUUCAGGGAGAGCCUUGGAUUUUGAUGGUGCAGAUAAAGCUAUCGGGCCUUUAUUCAACACGAUUCCAUGCCAUGUCCCUUUCUUCGGCCUGGAUUCAUUAUCGGAACUUGUUCAGGCUUGUCAUGAUUUCCAUGUUUCUGCUAUCCCAUUCCAGCACACUCCAUUACGGGAUAUUAUGAAAUGGACAGGACGAAGUGCCGACAAUCCUCUGUUCGACAGCCUCUUCGUAUUUCAGAAAGAUCUUGCGCAUGCCAGUAGGCUUGGAAGUUCACUCUGGAGCCCCACGGAAACUCAAGCUGAGGCUGACUAUCCUUUAGCAUUUGAAGCUAGAGACGAUGGAGGCGAAUCCCUGACCACUAGUAUUGUUGGAAAAGGACAGAUUCUGACUUCAAAAGCAACUGGAAAACUGUUGAGUCAAUUCAAGGACACAUUAUUGGGAUUCCUGGACGACCAAUCAAUUAAGCUCCAGCCUUCGGAUGAUAUAUCAAUCCUCAAUCAUACAGCACCUAGCAAUGGCGUUAAGGAAAAGCACGAUUCGGCCCAAGGGCCUUUGACAAAUGGUACCUCCAAGUUCGAAUGGAGUGCGAAAGCCAAGAAACUUCGCCAGGAGAUCUCCAGGCUGGCCAAUACCGACGAUGAGGCGGUCAGUGAGAAUACUUCGAUCUUGGAACUUGGCUUGGAUAGCAUUGAUGCAAUCAAACUUUCCUCAAGGAUGAAGAAUUUGGGCAUAUCCCUCCCUGUCAGCAGAAUCAUGCAUUGUCGAACGAUCAAAUCUAUGAUGAAAGAAGUUGUUGCCGAUAUACAAAGAGACGAUGACUCGUUCAAGACUCUGAUUAGUCUAGAAAAAGCACUUCGCUCAUGUUUAGAGGCAGACAAUGUGGACCUUGAAGGUAUAGAUCAUAUUCUUCCUGCAACACCACUGCAAGAAGGGAUGCUUGCGGAAAUGAUUGGAUCCGAUUACUCCCAUUAUUUCAACCAUGAUGUUCUAGAAAUCGAGCCACAUGUGGACGUUGAUAAACUAAGGAACGCAUUUGUGAAGGCAGUUGAAGAAAGUCCCAUUCUGAGGACGACUUUCGCGCAAUUUUCAGAUCCGAGUUUGCCCUUCGCAUUUGCGCAGCUAGUCUAUUCGGCAAACUUCAAACUAAAUUGGAAAGAAAUAGACAUGGCUGGAAGGUCGAUCGAUGAUAUAUUUGAGCAAGAGAAAUUAGAGGCAAUCAAGAGCGGCUUACGAUCUCCUCCGUUUAGGCUACGCUUUCUGCGAAGUGGAGCCAAAAGAUUAUUGCUUAUUUCCAUUGCCCAUGCGCUAUACGACGGUUGGUCACUCGACUUAUUUCACCAAACUAUCGCAACGCUCUACCUCGACAACAGCUACCAACGGCCAUCGUAUCAUAGUACUCUAGAACAUAUUAUCAAUUCGGCCAGCAAUGAGAAAGCCCUGCAGUUCUGGAAAGGGUAUUUGGAGGGAGUUCGGCCGGUAUCUUUCCCAGAAAAGCCUGGAUCAAACACGGACGAAAUCCAUCGGGAUGAAAUUGCCGUUAAAAUUUCCUGUUCGAAUGUUAUAGACUUCUGCAAAAGCCAGGGAAUUACACCUCAGACCCUAGGGUUGACCUGCUGGUUGAUGGUACUUGCGGGUUAUUUGCGCCAACUUGAUGUUGUGUGUGGUACCGUGAUGCUAGGCAGAGACACUGUUGACGGUGAGCAAGUAAUGUUCCCCACAAUGAAUUCUGUCGCUAUACGUGGAAUCCUUCACGGCUCCCGGCGUGAGAUGCUCCAGUAUGUGCAGGAAAUGUUGGGCCUGAUCCUUAAUAACCAGCACUUUCCACUCAGGAAAGUGAAAGCCUUGUCCAGAAUUGGAGCAAAAUCUCUCUUUGAUACACUGUUUAUAUACCAGAAAAGACCUGGAAGAGAGGAGAAGGUCUUAUAUAAGUCUGUUCAGAGUUCUUCUGAUGUGGAAUACCCUGUAUGCACCGAGAUGGAGCUGUCCAAUGACUCUGUUAUCUGGCGGGUUGCGUGCAAGAGCUCAGUGUUAAGCAGCUCCGACACGGCAAGCCUCCUUGAUCGGAUUGAAAAUUGUUUGUUGGAGCUCAUUCACAACCCCAACGAGCCUACUGUGGAUUUCCGAGAUGAAUCAGCGACAAUCUGCGGCUUAACAUUUUCAACCGCCUCGUUGAAUGGGGUUAAGAACUCUUACCCAUUGGAUAAAGAGAAUUCACUAGCAGAGUCAUGGACACCUUUGGAAGAGGCUAUCAGAUCGAUACUGUCAUCAGUGGCAAACAUUUCAGAAGCUGAAGUUACAAAGGAUACAACCCUUUUCCAUAUUGGUCUCGACAGCAUUAGCGCAAUUAAAGUGGCAUCCUUGCUACGGAAAAGAUCAAUCACUCUUGCAGUUAGUGACAUGUUGCGCGCUGGUACCGUUCGAAAAAUGGCGGAGGUUGCGAAAAUUGCCAAAGCAAAAAAGGAAGUACGUGACUCUAAAUCCAUAUGCCUCGGGGCGUUGAAGGAUGUCGAUAUCACCACUCUGCUACGCUCUCAUAACAUACAGCCAGGGGACAUCGAAGGCGUGUUCCCAGCAACUUCUGGUCAGGUAUACAUGUUAAAGAUGUGGGAACGCUCAAAUGGGGCAGUGUUCUUCCCUGAUUUCUUUUAUCGUGUGGGAGGAGAUAUAGCAGCAGAGGAGCUUGAAAGGAGGUGGGAUAAGGUCAUUCGCCAGGUCCCAAUUCUUCGCACGGAGUUUUUCGCAAUAGGAAACCAUGAUAUCCCGUUUGUGCAGGUAGUUUUCAGAGCUACCAACAAUCCAAUAGCCUGGCGAGACAAGUUGAGAGACCUUUUGGACAGGCAGCAAGAAGGUGCUUCAAAGUUCGUGACUCUAUAUGCCUCACGACAAGGUUCGGAAACAAUUGUAAGAUUGCAUAUACAUCACGCACUUUACGACGCUGUGAGCUUAGAACACAUUGUCAGUCUCCUUUCGAUUGGUUGUCCCAAUGGAGAUAUAUCGUCGAGAUUGAAAACGGAUAUAUCAGAAUUUGUCGCCUUCAAUACUAUCAGCUCACCGUUAGAAGCCCGGAAAGCAUUCUGGACGACGUACUUGACAAAAGCGAGCUUGGAACGCAAGUCUCUACAGGAGACCUUGAUCGACUGGCCCGGCAUGACACAAAACUAUCGCCCUUCUCUUAUCGCAGACGUUGGAACGCUAGAUAGCACUAGUCGAAAACUUGGCGUCUCCAUUCAAGCGCUAUUUUUGGCUGUGUAUGCUAAGAUGCACAUAAGGUUCCUUUCCAGCCCGUCGCACUCUGCUCUAGAGAAUUUGGUCAUUGGUCUCUACCUUGCCAACAGGUCUCACGCAAUGGACGGACUUCCGGAGCUUGUCGCCCCCACCCUGAAUAUUGUUCCACUUUGCAUUGGAAACCCUACAAACCGCAGCGUGACUCAGCUGGCGCGAGCUAUUCAAAGCGACUUGCAUGAGAUCAGCAAUGCGCAGAACUCCUGUGUUUCCUUGCAUGAAAUUGCAGAAUGGACUGGAGUCACGUUGGACACGGUGGUAAAUUUCCUGAGAUACCCAGACCCCACCGGAGAUGGCGAUGGCGCGUUGCACCGGUUGACGCCUCUCGAAGAAUCGGAAAUACCGGAGGCUCUAGCAAAUGGAAGCAUCCCAAAUGCGACAUCAAACUCAAGAAGGACAACUGAGAUACCUCUAGGGUCGGUGACCGCGCUCAACAACGAACAGCCCGGAUCAGAAAAUCGCAUACCAAGCCUCGAAGCGGCGUAUAAGGUAAGCUUGAAAAGAGACAUGUUUUUCGAUUACAUCCCCAAAUGGAGUGCCUUUGCUAACACAGAGAACGAUGUAGCCCUCAGUUGAUAUUGAAGUCGCCAUUCGGAACAAUGCGUUGGACGUUGGUAUUUUUGGCCCCAAAAGCCGACUCGAUUCCGGCCUCUCUGAUACAAUACUUGGCGAGCUGAAGCAGGAGUUACUUGCGGUAUCACGAAGUGAGGAAUGAGAGAAUGGGCUGGCAACUAAGGUAGAUAGUGCACAUAUAGCAGGAUAUAUUCCGUAGUAAAUACAAAAGAUAGUAGCGUGCCCCUCGCGGCCCUUGGUCC